AUGGCAUCUUCAAAUACAAAUGAAAAUAUUUUUGAAAAUGAUAACAUAUCAGCAUCGAGCGAAAAUAAAUUUAACAUGUCUUCGAAUGCAAAUGAAGAAGCAAAUGAAAAACCUGAUAACGAAGAAGUUAAAACUACAAAAAUAUUAUUAUUUGGUAGAAAAGGAAGCGGAAAGACGACGUUAGCUAAUGUAAUCAAUAAUGCUAAUAAUAUGAAAGCAAUUGAUACAGAUGGGAUUGGUGAUAGAAAAUUAACCUCCCAAGAAAUAUUAUAUAAAAUUGCAGAAACUGCCAAUGAAAUUAGAGAUGGAAUAACCCAAAUUUUAUUUGUUACCAAUGGGAGAUUUAGGGAAAAAGAAAUAGACGCUUACUAUUUAUUGCAAUCAAUUAUUUUUGAUGAUAAAGAUGCUUUUAAGUAUACUACAAUUGUUAGAACGAAUUUCCCUGUUUUUGAAGAUGAUGCCGAGUGUGAAAAUGAUUAUCAAGAUAUGAUUAAAGAAAAUAAUAAACUUUCUCAACUUGUAAAAUCGUGCAAAAAGGUUAUUCAUGUAGAUAAUCCACCAAUAACUGGUCGUAUGAAGCAAGUCGCAGAAGAGACGAGAGAAGGAUCGAGAAAAAAAUUACUGAAUUACUUGGAAACUUGCACAAAAGUUUAUUAUCCACCAAAGUUAGAUAAUUUGAAUGAUAGAAUAAAAGAUCACAUUACAGAUGUGGAAGGGUCGAAUAUUACAUAUAAAGAAUAUUUGAAUAAUUUCUUUAAAGAAUUUCCUACUACACCAAGUGAUCUUGUUAGUUGUUUUUGUAACAUUUCAUAA